CAAAUGUAUCGUUGAGAAUCAGCUUGUUGCAUAUAUACAUCACUUGUCGCCCAUAGGAUCAUGGUUCAUUUAACAAGAUACGCUGGCCUGAUUAUUGGCCUCUGCCUUUUACAAAUUAUCCUGGGUCAGAGGAAUUCAAUUGACUUUGGAGUGGGUCGUGGCAGAGGUGGUGGGAUCAGGGGUGAUAUUGACUGGUCCAGGCGUGGUCGUCGUGGAUCAAGAACCAGUAUCGGAGGCAGCUUGGAUUCCAAUGGAAAUUGGGGAAUAAGAGCAGGUUUCUCGUGGAGGUUCCGAAGGGCUUUGGAGGAUUUCGAACGCUUUAACGUCACACUGAUAGCUGAUCCCUGCGAGUUUGACUUCUACGAUCAAGAUAAAGAUGGCAGCAUUUCAAACGUUGAAAUGUGGUCGGUAUUUGGAAACACCACCGAGGCUAACAUGCUCUUCUAUGCUUUCGACAAAGAAACAGUUGACGAUACAAUUAGCAAAGACGAGUUUGUUACUCUUGCUCCGGUCCUAAUUGACGACUGCUUCCAGAAUAGGUUUAAAAGUGCAAGGAGUAGACAAUAGUUGGGGAAUAUUGCACUUAAAUCGAUUGAAUUAUAUUCAGUGACAAUGAUGUUUGCUCUUACCACUUAAUUCGAUCAACUAUCAAUCUGUCACAAUGUUAUUUGUUCUUUACACUUAAAUCGAUUAAA